CUUCCACAGUCUUGUUUGUUAUUUUGUAAACAAAGACUCAGUAUAAUAAUCAUAGUCUCUAGUUUUAAAAACCAGUACAGAAAUUUUAGUAUAUUUGAAUUGAAAUAUUGCACUUCUACUACUUCAUUAUAUUGCUUUUGUAAGUAAUAAGUCUUGUAAAGUGAACUCUUUAUUCUUAGAGGUUAUUUUUUAUUUAACUAAUAAUUGUUAACAAUGCCGCCCGAAACUGAAACUGAGGAUGAAACGAAAAUGAAAGAGCAAAAAGCUAGAGCCGAGCUAAGAGAAGACUUUCUGAGGACAUUGCACGAGUUAUCUGGUGAAUCCUGCAAUAUACUGACAUAUGAACAAUCAACUCUCCAUGCAACAUUUUCAGCUUGGAGACCAGAUGGCUCCGACAUUUUUGUGCACAAUAUGCAGACUCCAGCUGGAAUUAAUAUGCCAUCAGCAUUAAUAAGGACCCCAGAUAUAUUAGCAAUACAAUUUGACAGAUUAAAGACCUAGUAAUCACUUUUGUGAAAAUAUCACUUUAAUAUAUAAUAUACUUUCAAUGAUAUUAAAUAUGUAUAUUUCAAGUGUUAGAAAUAUAUUACUCGCCUGCACUAACAAGGCACCAAUGGGGAAUGAUAAAAUGAUCAUGAGGUUAGAUCAGUUAGCCCAACAUGACAAAUUCAGGAACUUAUCACAAUGGUUUCCAGGUGGAACCGCAAAUAGAGGUCAACCUGACAUAGUACAUUGCUAGCAAUGUGAUCAUUUACUAACAGUCCCCUUCCCCCUUGGGCGUUGUAGUUGCUUAUAGGCCGCAGUUAUCAGGCGCCUACUAGUAUUAUUUUGAUCAGUCUUCAUUAUUACAUAGUAUAAAACAAAGUUGAUAUGGCUCUCUGUCAUUAUGUAUGCUUAAAUAAUUAAAACUAUGCAACGGAUUUUGGAUCUGAUUUUUUUAAUAGAUAGAUUGAUGCAAGAGGAAGUUUUAUAUAUACCUAUAUAAUACAUGUACACCUUUGCGAAGCCGGGGCGAGUAGCUAGUAUGUUAUAUAAGAAUUAUAAAUUAUUAAAUAUGAAUAAAGAACAAUACUUACAAAUAUGCAUACUAAUUCUUAAAAAUCUAAUUUACUAUUAGAUACCUAUAUCAAAUACACAGUAUUCUGUAUAUAGCGAGGACACAAUCUUACAUUCGUAAUCCCAUUAUAGAUAUUCACGCACGGGAAUCGGGAAUUUUGUAGAGGAUCCUGAUUUAGCCGACGUGUGCGAUCGUUUUCUCUAAUUGAAUUUUUUCUGCUCAAUCAAUUCACCCGCGAGAAAAAGUAGGAAACUUGCGGAUUGGUGCCUUGGGAUGAAGCUUUAUAAAUGGGAGCAAUCUGUUGUGUGUAAUUAAGGGUUUUG